UUAUUGUUUCCUAAUUUUCUCUUUAUUCCUCCUUUGCUUCUUGUUCAUCAUACAUCUGCAGAUUCUCUUUCCUUGCCUCUCUCCUUUUGGUCUUCUCCACUCGUAGUCUCGUCUCUUUAUCUAACGCAGAUAUACCAAGUGUUGUCAUCGAUUCUCGUCUUGAUUGCAUCCUUUACGACCUCUGGUCCUAGCAAUGUCAACUCCUGCAAGAAAGAGACUGAUGAGGGAUUUCAAGAGGUUACAGCAAGACCCACCUGCCGGAAUAAGUGGAGCUCCUCAAGAUAACAAUAUAAUGCUUUGGAAUGCUGUGAUAUUUGGUCCUGAUGAUACUCCAUGGGAUGGAGGUACUUUCAAGUUGACUCUUCAGUUCAGUGAGGACUAUCCAAAUAAACCUCCAACAGUUCGGUUUGUUUCUCGGAUGUUUCACCCAAACAUUUAUGCUGAUGGAAGCAUUUGCCUUGAUAUUCUUCAAAACCAAUGGAGCCCCAUAUACGACGUGGCUGCGAUACUCACAUCCAUCCAGUCUUUGCUUUGUGACCCCAACCCGAACUCCCCAGCAAACUCAGAAGCAGCACGGUUGUUCAGCGAGAAUAAACGGGAAUAUAACCGAAAAGUGAGGGAGGUUGUGGAGCAGAGCUGGACGGCAGACUGACGACGACAAACAUGUCUAUGCCUAUAUGAGACGAUACCCUCCUCCUCGUUGUUCUGUCCUCUCAAUCAGGUAAUGUUAUGUUAUGAUGUGUAAAAUGGAUCUCCAUGAAUUGUUUGCUGGGGUAAAUAAUGAUUCUGAUAUAAACAAGAUUUGGUUUAUAGAUGUAAUGUGCUUGACUGGUAUGUUGGAUCAAAUACAUUUCAGAAAAUUUCUUGUGUGAUAAAUAAUUUUUUUGUCCUA